AGCUUUUAAACUACAGACAGUUUAGUCAAAACGGUAUUAUAAAGUGGACGUGUUUUAUAUUUCAGUUAAUUGUUUUGUUUACAGUUCCAUUUAUUUUGAUUAAUAACUGUGACUAUUGUGAUGACCUCCGGAAUUAGUGGAGCGAUUAUAGCAUGGCUACUGUUGGCGACAAUAGCACAUGCAAUAGAGGUGAACGUUACGGGUGAAUGGCGUCCAGACCUGGGAUGGGAAGUUACGUGUGGGUGGCAAACUCUGUCCAAUGACACCCUACAGUCAGUCAGAUUAUUUAACAAUGGGCAGCAGUUCAUGAUUUACCGACCUGAGAGACACGGACUGUCACGAAGCGAAGUGUUCCAGACACCACAGACAGUGAUGCACGUGGACUGCGCCGUAACCAUAGAUAGGGGACAAGAAGGGAGGUGUGUUAUGCUUCUUGAACCUUACCAGCCCUCCGUGAACGAUUUCACAUACUCAUGCGAAGUUUCUGGCGAGAGACCGAUGUUCCGGAUUGGCAAAAAGGACUACCUCGUUAAAAUUCUUGUUCCACCAUCGAAUGCAUCACUCACUAGCAAAACCCAAGAUGGAUCAUCUCCAACCCGUGUAAUGCUCAACUGUUCUUCGACUGGUCUUCCAGCACCAAACCUGCAGUGGACUGUCGAUCAGGAUAAGCUACAAGCAGAUUUCACUGGGCGCGUUUGGAAUGCAACGUCAAAACUUUGGAAUGUCUGGUCUUAUCUAUCAUAUACACGGAACACAGAUGCUAAGGUCCUUUGUACUCCUGAAGUGAAUUCACAUAAUGAGAUUAUUAGAGGAACGCCAGCAGAGUUCAAUUCGGCAUCUAGAUAUUUUGGUACAACACAUAUAAUGUUUAUGACAUUAUUUCUAUAUCUAUUAAGGUGAAGUUAAUUUUUACGGACUCUUACUUAAAUGAAACCACAGAGUAUUGAUGUUUUUUUUGUAUUUUUAUUUCAGUAGGAUAUCGAUGUUGACUUAGAAACAUUAAGGUGGGGUUACACUGGAGCAAUAAGCACAGAUAAUAAAAUCAUAAAGUCAUUAAUUAGUUUUAGUAAAUCUUUUAUCAUAUAUUAAUGUCCUGAUUUUUAUAGUUAGAUUAUUUAUAUGUGAUUUUGUUCGCAGUGUAACCACUAGCUUAGUAAAAUAUUGGUUAAUAAAAUCUCCACACUGAAUAUGUAAUUAAAAUAUAUAACUAUAUGUUCUAUGAAAAAACGUUCUCCAGUUAUGUAACAGAUAUACAUAGAUAAUACGAAUAAUGGU